UAUCCACCACCCUUCACUUUCUGCCUGCGAUUUUCUGCUCUCACAAUUCACAAUAAUCCAAACCCAAUUUUGAUUAUUCCUCUCUCCGAUUUUAUUUUUAAAAAAAAAUCCUGAAUAUCUGUUGUUCAUCGGCACAAAUCAUUUGGCCCCUACCAACUUGGCUGUAUUUAAUUCCAUGCAACUACUUCUGCUGGUGAACGUGUGUCCAAUGAUUUGAUCAUCACCAACGACCUCAAUUAACUAAGAAAAGCAGCAAAAUGGUUUAUUCGUUGUGAUUUCGUGAUUUGGGUUUCAAAUCCCCAAAUGUCUGUUGAACUAGAGAAUGAAGAAUCUGAAACUGAAACCGUUUCAGUUGCAGGUUCUUGUCUUUAUGACCUUCUUAAGUUGGAAACCUGGGAGGACAGCCCGAGGAAAUCACAACAACCUUCUACCUGUGCGAGAAAGAGGCUGCAGAAUAUAUUAACUGAAGCUGGCAAUGAUUUUUGUGCCGAUUGUGGAACUGCAGAUCCAAAAUGGGUAUCUUUGACCAUUGGAGCAUUCAUAUGUAUAAAGUGCUCUGGUGUACAUAGAAGCCUUGGAGUGCAUAUAACAAAGGUUUUGUCUGUGAAGCUUGAUGAGUGGACGGAUGAGCAAGUUGAUGCCCUAAUUGAGAUGGGAGGAAACAAUGCUGUAAACUUUAAAUACGAAACCAACAUCCCUGAAGAUUACAGCAAACCAAAACCAGAUGCAUCUGCAGAGGAACGCACUGAUUUCAUAAGGAGAAAAUAUGAGCUUCAACAGUUUGUUAACAGUGAAUUGCCGAUGUGUUGCCCUUUUCCAUCAUCAACUCCAGCAACCCAUAGCCGUUCUUCGAGUUGUUCUUCUCAAUCAGGAGCCGACAAGAAACACUACAAGAAACAAACCACCACACGUAUGCAGGGUCUGGGGAAUGCAUUUCGUUAUAGCUGGAGACGAGAGCACAAGCCAGCCAAAAAAAACAACUCAAUGGCUGGCAUGGUUGAAUUCGUAGGAUUGAUUAAUGUUAACAUCGUCAGAGGCACUGACCUUGCUGUCCGAGAUAUGGUUUCUAGUGACCCAUAUGUCAUCCUCAAUCUUGGAAAUCAAUCUAUGAAGACACGAGUCAUAAAGAAUAACCUCAACCCUGUAUGGAAUGAAAAACUAAUGUUGUCAAUCCCAGAAGAUAUUCCUCCCCUUAAAUUGCUAGUCUACGACAAGGAUACCUUCUCAACAGACGACUUCAUGGGAAGCGCGGAGAUUGAUAUUCAACCACUUCUCUCUGCUGCAAAAGCUACAGAGUAUUCGUCCAUUAAUGAGCCAAUGCAGCUAGGGAAUUGGAAAGCAAGCAAGGAGGAGAACACCCUUGUAAGAGACGGGGCCAUCGUCUUAGAAGACGGUAAGGUGAAACAGGAAAUCGCUAUUAGGUUGCAGAACGUUGAGAGGGGAUUCUUGGAGAUUGAGCUUGAAUGCAUGCCUCUCACACAAUAGCUGGUGGCUGCAUAUCAAGAAGAGACAAUGUAGCUUAUUAGCAAGUUUGUCAACUUAGGUAACAUUGUGUGUUCCUAUAUAUUUUGCUUCAUCUGUUAAUAUAGAAUUAAUCUCAGAAAUUUUGUGUAUGUUACUGUGUUAUAGAAACUUGGAACAAUGUACAGCUGCAAAUGAGUUGCAUCCAAUAUUUAUAUUCCAGUUGUUAUAAACAUUUCA